AUGGGGAUCUAUCUUUACCUCUGGCUUCUUUCUAUAAUAACCAACUGUUCUGGUUCAGGGACAGGUUUCAAUGAUGUACCAACCCUAGAUCCAGAAUUGUAUAACCUGAACUGGAUGAAAUCUAUACCUGACGAGACUCCAGUUUCUGCUAUCUCCAUUCCUGGAACGCAUGAAAGCUUAUCAUUACAUGGAGGACCACUUGCUAAAUGUCAAGUUUGGACCUUAAAAGACCAACUUAAUGUGGGAAUACGGUAUUUUGAUGUGCAUGUUGGGAUUUGGCUGCCCACCCAAAACCAUAUUCAUAUCCGGGAUAGACACUGGAUGUUUUCGCAACACAUUCAAUUUGAUGAAGUCCUAGGGACUGUUUCUAAUUUCCUCACAGUCCAUAGUACUGAGACUGUGCUGUUGAAAGUUACACUACAAGGGUUAUACCAGAGGAAAGUCGAAGAACAACUGAUGAAGAAAUUAAUUGAAAAAUUUGAAAAUAAGAUAUGGAAUAAGUUGUCGGUACCGACCAUGGAACAGGCAAGAGGCAAGAUUGUUUUUCUCCAGAGUAACAUGUUCAAUGCUGGAACAUUAAAUCAUGAAUCAUUUUUCAUUAAAUAUAAAGAGCUAAUCAAUGUUGAAGACAAAAUAAAGCAAAUCAAGUCACACCUCUGUGACCAUCACAUUGUACUGACUGACAAUGCAGCAUCAAAGUUCGAAAGUCCUAAAAAGUUGGCUAAAAAAGUUAACAAACAGCUUAAUGACUUCGUGGUAAAACAUAAGAAAGGCUCGUUAAAUCAAGGUUGCUUAGGUGUCUUAAGCAUGAACUUCCCCAGUGCUGAUCUUAUUAAAAACAUCAUUCAACUAAAACCGUGCAAUUGUGGUAAAGGUAAAGAAAAAGGACAAAGACCUGAUGGAGAGAUGCCUAUAACUGAAACUACAACUAAAGCAUCACCGACGUCUGGGGAGGAUCCUGAACCAACACUAGAAAUACAUCUUGCCCCACAAUCACCAUCAUCUGGGCAAGAUUCAGAACCAACAACAGAACCAGAAUCGCCAUCAUCUGGGCAAGAUUCAGAACCAACAACAGAACCAGAAUCACCAUCAUCUGGGCAAGAUUCAGAACCAACAACAGAACCGGAAUCGCCAUCAUCUGGGCAAGAUUCAGAACCAACAACAGAACCAGAAGCACCAACAUCUGGGCAUGACUUAAAGGUUAUACUUGAGUCAGACCCCACAGAUGAACACUCACGUGAACAUGAGUCAGCAGAGCACACACCACAGCUGACAAAUCCACCAGCCACUCUGCCUGCAGCAGUACCUGAGUUAUAUCCAGCUGUGCUCCCUAAUAUCCCUCUUAAAAUACGCCACAAGCUACGACCACAGUGGAGGAUGCGUAAUUGUCUCAGAGGCCGGCUCACAACCUAUGCUCUCAGCUCAGUAAAGAAGCAUCUCGUCGCCACAUUUAAUUUCAUCAGCAGCGACAAACUCUUCACAUGGACACAUCAGCGGAAAGACACAUUUAACAGCUCGUGUGGAGCUUUUGAGCGGAUCCACUACUAA